GUUGUGCAGAAGAAGAUAAAGAGAGUCCGUGACCUAGAGAUGAAAGAGAAGCUGGAGAAGCUCUUGAUGAGAAUGGAACAGCAGGAACAAGCUGCUCUGAAAAGGCAGAAACAGAGAGAACGGGAAGUUGAGUUUAAGAGGCAACAGAGAGAACUGGCGCAGCAGGGGAAGAAACCGUUUUACAUCAAGAAGGGUGACCUUCGUAAGUUGGAGCUUGCAGACAAAUAUAAGGAGCUAAAGAAAUCGGGAAAGCUGGAGCACUUCCUGAGUAAGAAAAGGAAGCGGAACUCGCACAAAGACCGGAGAAGACUUCCCAACCAAUAGCACACACAAUGGCUAUGUAAACUCUUGGGCUAAAAAAGGGGAAAAGGUCUCUGGUCCUAUUCUCAGCAGCAGUGGAGACUAAACUAGCAAGGAAUUGUGUUAUUAAGACGGCUGAGUUGUCCGGGAAGGCCUGGGCAUUAGUGGAGGGCUGGUCUUGUAGUUAGAGUAUCAAGGCCCAGCACUUCAUGGAUGUUUGUUCUUGAUGUAAUAAACUUGUUGGUUAGAACAUCUGAUUGCUCAGCCAUAUUAUAGUACAGUUUUAUGUUUUCAUACUUUGCUAUAAUGGUCUCUCAUAUCUGUCCUCUUAUGUCACUGUGUCCUUUUCUUCUCCUGCCCUGAGCUGAGUAUUAGCACGUCCUGCACCAUCUGUGUCCUUUUCUUCUCCUGCCCUGAGCUGAGUAUUAGCACGUCCUGCACCAUCUGUGUCCUUUUCUUCUCCUGCCCUGAGCUCAGUAUUAGCACGUCCUGCACCAUCUGUGUCCUUUUCUUCUCCUGCCCUGAGCUGAGUAUUAGCACGUCCUGCACCAUCUGUGUCCUUUUCUUCUCCUGCCCUGAGCUGAGUAUUAGCACGUCCUGCACCAUCUGUGUCCUUUUCUUCUCCUGCCCUGAGCUGAGUAUUAGCACGUCCUGCACCAUCUGUGUCCUUUUCUUCUCCUGCCCUGAGCUCAGUAUUAGCACGUCCUGCACCAUCUGUGUCCUUUUCUUCUCCUGCCCUGAGCUCAGUAUUAGCACGUCCUGCACCAUCUGUGUCCUUUUCUUCUCCUGCCCUGAGCUGAGUAUUAGCACGUCCUGCACCAUCUGUGUCCUUUUCUUCUCCUGCCCUGAGCUGAGUAUUAGCACGUCCUGCACCAUCUGUGUCCUUUUCUUCUCCUGCCCUGAGCUCAGUAUUAGCACGUCCUGCACCAUCUGUGUCCUUUUCUUCUCCUGCCCUGAGCUCAGUAUUAGCACGUCCUGCACCAUCUGUGUCCAGGAGGUAGCCUGUGGUGUGUCCGCACUGACCAUUAGAUCACAGGACUGUUUCCUGCAGCCAGUACUAAUACUGGUUUGUUACACACAUAAUUAUGUACUUUUCUUCAGAUCUGGUGUUUUGUAUAAAUAAAUGUGUUGUUGUUUUUUUAUACUGAAAUCUGUUAUUGAACAAAAUAAUAAAAUGAAUUUAUUUGGUG